AUGCCGGCGACAAACUCUUCUACUGUCACUUCGAGGGCAAAGGGCGAUAGCCCUUCCCCAGCUCCUGCGCAGGACGCUGCCGACAAGACAAACGAUUUCUUCUGGACGUAUACCGAGGAACCUCAUCGAACUCGUCGUCUCGCCAUCAUUAAGGCUCAUCCCGAGAUCACCAAGCUCUGCGGUCCCGAACCUCUCACGAAAUGGGUCGUCCUCGGCGUUGUAUCUCUCCAGGUCUUCCUCGCAUGGAUGCUCCAGUCGACGUCCUUCUUCUCAUGGAAGUUCUGGGCUGUCGCCUACGUCUUCGGCGCGACUGCCAACCAGAACCUGUUUCUCGCUAUUCACGAGAUCUCGCAUAACUUGGCUUUCAAGAGCGCUCGCGCCAACCGUUUGAUCGCUAUCUUUGCCAACCUUCCCAUCGGCAUUCCCUACAGCGCUUCGUUCCGACCUUACCAUCUUACUCACCACAAGUCCCUCGGCGUUGAUGGCCUCGAUACCGAUCUUCCUACCGCUUUCGAGGCAGUCUUCCUUGACUCCAUUCUCGGAAAGGCCUUCUUCUGCACUUUCCAGAUCUUCUUCUACGCCCUGCGACCCAUGGCCAUCUACCGCAUUCCCUUGACCGGCAUCCACGCCCUCAACAUCCUUGUCCAGGUCACCUUCGAUCUUAUCCUCCUCAAGUACGCCUCCGUCAACUCUCUGCUCUACCUCCUGCUCUCUUCCUUCCUCGCCGGAAGUCUGCACCCCCUAGCUGGCCACUUCAUCGCCGAGCACUACGUCUACGAGACCGUCACCCCCUCUGCUCGUGAUCCCGAGAACAAGAUCCCCGUGCCCGAGACCUUCUCUUACUACGGACCUCUCAACUGGUUUACCUACAAUGUCGGUCUUCACAACGAGCACCACGAUUUCCCCGCCAUCCCCUGGACCCGUCUCCACGCUGUGCGAGACAUUGCCUCCGAAUUCUACGACCCCCUGCCUCGCCACGAGAGCUGGUGCUACGCCAUUUGGCGCUUCAUCUUUGAUGAGAACGUUGGCAUGUCUUGCCGUGUCAAGCGCAAGCAGGGUGGUCGUCUCGUUGGAGGCGGUGCUGUCGCCGACUGGAAGCAGUCUGAGAUUGAGUCUAUUUAG